AUGAGCAACGAUCCCUGUGUUGCCAUCAUCGGUGGCGGCCUCAGCGGCCUCGUGUGCGGCCAGGCGCUCGCCCGCAGGGGCAUCCGUUCUGUCGUGUUCGACACCGGAGAGCACUCGGUCGGCGGCCGGCUGGCCACGCGAGCGUCGGCGGCGGGCUCCUUCAGGCAGGAGUGGGUCCCACCAGCGCUGCAGGGCGCUGACCUGGCGUUUGACCACGCGGCCCAGUACUUCACCGCAACCGACCCCAGGUUCAAGGCGAUGGUGGACGAGUGGGUGGCUGCCGGUGCCGUGCGCGAGUGGCGCGGGCCCGUGGGCACGCUGCAGGACGGCUGCUUUGAGGCGCUGCCGGCGGACGGCCCGACGCGCUACAUCGCAACCGGCGGCAUGGCGUCCCUUGCCAAGCACCUGGCCAGCCCGGUGAGCGACUUCAAAGGACCUUCUUGA